AUGAAAGCUCUGGACCCGACUGAGGCUGACCGGGGUCUAACAGGCUCCAGUCACCUGGGUCUUACAGCCUCAGUCCUGGGGUCUACAGCCUCAGUCCUGGGUCCGAGCUUCAGUCUGGGUUCUACAGGCCUCUGUCCUGGAGUCUACAGCCUCAGUCCUGGGUCCAGAGCUUCAGUCCUGGGUUCACAGCCUCAGUCCUGGGUUCUAGAGCCUCAGGUCCUGGUCUACCGCCUCGCUCUGGUCUGGUUAUACAGCCUCAGUCCUGGGUCUACAGCCUCAGUCUGCGGUCUAGAGCCUCAGUCCUGGGUCUACCGCCUCAGUCUGGGUCUACAGCCUCUGUCUGGGUCUGAGCCUCAGUCCUGGGUCUACAGCUCAGUCUGUGUCUACAGCCUCAGUCCUGGGUCUAGACCCCUCAGUCCUGCGGUCCUACCGCCUCAGUCUGGGGAUCUAGAGCCUCAGGUCUGGGUUCUUCAGGUCUCAGUCCUGGGUCUACAGCAACUCAGUCCCGGGUCUCCGCCUCAGUCCUGGGGUCAGAGCUUCCAGUCUGGGGCCACAGGCCUCAAACCUGGGUCUAAGCCUCCAGUCCUGGAGUGUAGAGGCUCAGUCCUGUGCCUAAAGCCUCAGUCCUGGGUCUACAGCCUCAGUCCUGGGUCUAGGAGCCUCAGUCCUGUGUCUACAAGCCUCAGAACCUGGAUUCUACAGCCUCUGUCCUUGGGUCUCUGCCUUAGUCUCGGGUCUACAGCCUCAGUCCUGGGCGUCUACAGCCUCAGUCCUGGGUCCACAGCUUCAAUCCUGAGAGGCUCAGUCCUGGGUCUACAGCCUCAGUUCUGUCUAGAGCUCAGUCCUGGGUCUAGACGCCUCAGUCCUGGUGUAGAGGCUCAGUCCUGGGUCUACAGCCUCGUCCUGGGUCUACAGCCUCAGUCCUGGUGGUCUACUGCCUCAGUCUGGGUCUACAGCCUCAGUCCUGGGUCUACGAGCUCAGUCCUGGGUCUAGAGCUCGUCCUGGGUCUACAGGGCUCAGUCCGGGGUUACAGCCACAGUCUGGGAUCUACAGCCUCAGUCUGGGUCCAGAGCUUCAGGUCCUGGGUCUUCAGCCUCAGCCUGGUCUACAGCCUCAUUCCUGGGUCCAGAGCUCAGUCCUGGGUCCACAGGCCUCAGUCUGGUCUAGAGCGCAGUCCUGGGUCUACAGCCUCUGCCCUGGGUCUGAAACCUCAGUCUAGGUCUACAACUCCGUCCUGGAGCGCAGUCCUGGGUCAGAGCUUCAGUCCUGGGUCCCAGCAUCAGUUGGGUCUACAGCCUCAGUCCCUGGGUCUAGAGCCUCCAGUCUGGGUCUACAGGCUCAAGUUCCUGGAUCUUACAGCCUCAGUCCGGGUCUAA